CAGGGUUCAGAGUUCAGGGUUCAUGGCUAGGGAACAAGAAAAGAAGUCACAUGCAGUAUGCAUACCAGGUCCAAUACAGGGCCACAUUAACCCAAUGCUAAAACUUGCUAAAAUUCUCCAUUCCAAAGGCUUCCUCAUCACCUUCGUCAACACUGAGUUCAACCACCAACGCCUCCUCCGAUCUCGAGGCUCUAAUGCCUUAGGUAGCCUACCUUCAUUCCGCUUUGAGACCAUUCCUGAUGGCCUUCCAUGCCCGGAAAACCUUGAUGCCACCCAAGAGCUCUCGUCCCUAGCCAAAUCUCUCGAUGAAACAUGUUUUCAUCCGUUUAAAAGCGUGGUCAAGAAAGUGAGCGAUUCUUAUUCGCCAGUGACUUGCAUAGUGUCGGAUUUCCUUAUGUGCUUCACCCUCGAUGUCGCUAAGGAAUUGGGAAUUCCCGAGAUUCUUUUGUGGACGAGUGGAGCGGGUUCACUGAUUUGUUUCAGUCAAUAUCCCACUAUUUUGGAAAAGGGUUUGAUGCCCAUAAAAGAUCCUACUUGUCUCGUGAAUGGAUAUUUGGAUACAGUGUUGGAUUGUAUACCUGCCAUGAGUGGUAUACGUCUAAAAGAUAUCCCCCCUUUCAUUAGAAUGAUUUACCCUCAAGACGAAUAUAUGGUUCAAUUUUUCUGUUCACAAAUAGAGCGAGCAAAAACAGCUUCCGCCAUCAUUUUCAACACUUUUCAUGAGCUAGAGCCCGACAUUUUGGGCACGCUCUCUUCACUUUUUCCUCCUUGCUACACGAUCGGCCCUUUUGAUUUACUCGAGAACAAAAUUGCCGAUAAAUCUGUGGCAUCCAUCAAAUCAAACCUCUGGAAAGAAGAUACCGAGUGUUUAAAAUGGCUAGACUCAAAACCUGCGGUGUCAGUUAUUUACGUGAAUUUUGGUAGCAUUGUGGUAAUGCCACCUCAACAACUAAUCGAGUUUUGUUGGGGAUUAGCAAAGAGCAACUAUCCAUUCUUGUGGAUAAUACGACCAGACCUCGUGAUUGGUGACUCCGCGGUGCUGCCAUCGGAGUUUUUAACGGAGAUAAGCGAUAGAGGGUUGUUGGCUAGUUGGUGCCCCCAAGAACAAGUUCUGAAUCAUCCAUCAAUCGCGGGGUUUUUAACACAUAGUGGAUGGAACUCAACGAUUGACAGUAUUUCUAACGGAGUCCCGAUGAUUUGUUGGCCGUUUUUUGCAGAUCAACAGACGAAUUGUUGGUUGAGUUGCAACAAGUGGGGUAUCGCCUUAGAGAUGGAUAACGAUGUGAAGAGGGAUGAAGUAUCGAAGCUAGUGAUCGAGUUGAUGGACGGAGAAAAGGGAAAAGAGAUGAGGAAGAAUGCCAUUGAAUGGAAGAAGGCGGCAAAUGAGGCAUAUUCUGGUUCAUCAAUGACUAAUUUGGAGAAACUAAUUCAGCACUUGCAUGUAUCUUCAGAAUGAAUAUUUGAAUCUUCAGAAUGAAUAUUUGUAUCUUCAGAACGAUUAUUUGUAUCUCGUUGUUGUUUCAUAAUGCUAAUUAUAUGAAACACUGCUAUUUUUGGGUUAA